UGCUGUUCCACAGUUCCUAUAGAGUGAUUCUUGCGCAGGAAUUCCUCACUUAAAAAUAAGUAUCAUAUUAAAAUAUUUGAAUGUGACUACCUACACCAGAAACAGAAUACGUAUGGCGUUGACUGAGUCAGUCUGGUAGGUACUAAUAAAAAGUGCAAGAACUUUUACUGCAUUAACGGUUUCAUGGAAUAUGAUUUGGUGUUGAUAGGAUAUGAAGAAGGUCAAUAUGAUAUUCAAAACCACUAAUUUAAAAAUGAUUGUGAAUGUGUUUAUAGUGUUGUGCGCGUGUUUAUUCAAAACUCAUUGUCAAGAAGUUGGAGAAGCCUGCACCAUUACUAGCACAGGAGAUACAGGGACAUGCAGGAUACAUUCAGAUUGUCCUGGUAUAGAAGACCAAGGCAGAAGAAAUAUACCUAUAACAUUGUGCGGCUUCUACCAACUUACCGUUCCUGUAGUUUGUUGUAGAAACGAAAUUCUUUUCAAUACACCAAAUGAUUUAGGCAUCGAAGAUAGUAUACAAUUUCCAGACGAGACUCCUAAUUUAAAUGGGAAUUCUUUCUUUAGUGGAGCAGCUAAAAAAAGCGAACAAAAAUGUCUGGAAUACACUAAAGCUGUGACAGAUGUAGUUCAUGCGAUUCCUCUUGUAACGAAUGUGGAGCCAAUAACUAUAAACGUGACUAAAUGCGAAUAUAAUAGUGUAGCUUUAAUUGUGGGUGGAACACCCGCUGCAGUAGGAGAAUUUCCAUUUAUGGCUGCAAUUGGGUUUCCUGACUCUGAUGAUAGGCCAGAAUGGAAGUGCGGUGGGACACUAAUAAGCGAUAGAUGGAUUUUAACAGCCUCACAUUGUACAUUUUCCCAAAAUAGUGAACCAAAAUUUAUUCGUCUUGGAGCAUUAGAUAUGGCAAAAAGGCAAGAGUUUGGACGUAUCGACUACCUUGUUGAUAGAAUUAUAGUUCAUCCAGAUUACAAGUACCCUGUAAAAUACAAUGAUAUAGCUCUAAUGUCAACAAACAGGCGUGUGCAAUUUUCAAAGCUUAUACGGCCAGCUUGUUUAUAUACAAAGUCGAGCAUUGCGCAGAAAGUUGCUAUAGCUACAGGAUGGGGACAAACAGAUUAUACAGGUCCAAAUAGUGACAAAUUGCUGAAAGUACAACUGAACAUAUACGACAACAGUUAUUGCACAAAAGCCUAUCAAAAAGAAAUUAAAGGAAGUCCACAACUAGCAAGUGGCAUUACAAAUACAAUGUUGUGUGCAGGGGAACUUAGAGGAGGAAUGGAUACUUGUUUGGGUGAUUCAGGCGGCCCAAUAUUUAUUACUGAAAAAGAGAACAUGUGCAAAUUUUACGUAAUAGGAGUAACAUCAUUUGGAAAGUUGUGUGCCGCUGAAAACAUUCCAGCUAUUUAUACUAGAGUAUCAGAGUAUGUUGAUUGGAUUGAACGUACCAUCUGGUAAAUAGAAUGUUUAGUAAAUAUUUAAGAAUGUCUUUGCCAAAGUAAAAGUGGGAUAUAAUUGAAUUGGAAAUUAUUUUAUAGUGAAAAAAGGCUACUAUAUUUAACAUAUUAUAUUGUUUAACUUAAUACGUAGCCAGUAUCUUCAUUAACAGUUAGAAUAAGGUUAGUUCUAUUUUCAGCCACAAGAUGUUUCUUUCGCCAGACAUUUUUUAAAUAUGCAUAAAAAAAUGUUAACGUAACAUGAAGCUAUGUGAUUUUUUUUAAUACCUACAUAAACCCUACAGAACUAUUGAUAUAAGUAGGUAGGUACCUACCCAGGGUAUUUGAUUAUAUUUAAGCCCAUACCUACAGCCAUUAUUAUUUAAGAUAGAAAAUUUUCAAAAACUCAAAUCAUAUAUAGAAAAAUUUUCAAAGCUG